UGCCGCUGCCACCGGAUUGUACAAAUUACAAGGCAAAGAAAUGGACUUUGGAGGUUUGAGAACCUACGCUGUCGGUUGUCCUUCUAAUAAGAAGGUUCUUGUUGGUAUAAUGGACGUUUUUGGUUUUUCAGAGCAAAUUAAGAUCGGUGCCGACAAGUUGGCUCAAUCUGGUUUCACUGUUUACUUGCCAGAUUUCUUUGAUGGUGCUGCUUUACCUGUCAAUGCUUUCUCCGUAGAUACACCUGAGAUGCAAAAGAUUCGCAAUGACUUUUUCACAAAUCAUCUUCCAAGUCAUUUGCACUACCCCAAAUUGGAAAAGGUUUUGAAUGCCAUCAAGAGUACUCAUGGUAACGAUGUUCAAAUUGGUACCUAUGGCUUAUGCUGGGGAGCCAAGAUCUUACUCACCUAUGCUAACAAUUCUGAAUUUGUUGGUAUCGCUUGUCCCCACCCUUCCUUCCCCGAUCCAGCUGAUGCCAAGAACGUUCAUGUACCUGUUCUCUUUUUGUCUUCCAAGGAUGAAGAUGCCAAUAUCAUAAAUGCUUGGGAGGAAGAAUUCAAGAAGGAUCCUGCUUAUAAGCAAUCCAGUUUCCAAACUUACCAUGACAUGCAUCAUGGUUUCAUGGCUGCUCGUGCUGAUCUUUCUAAUGACAACAACAGAAAGUGUUUCUUUGAGGGCUAUGAAAAGAUGAACACCUUCUUCCAAUCUUUGAUGAAAUAAUUUUUGUUUUCGAAAUCAUCAUCUGUUAUUCACCUUGAUGUUUCUUUUUAGUUUAAAAUAAAAUAUCCCUUAUAUUUUUA